AUGGCCGAUGUUCGCAUGCGACGGGCAACCUUUGCCCUCGCCCGAAUGGGGCGCAGACAAGCACCCCAGACUGGUUGGGCCAAUCAACGUCCUGAUGAGGUCCUUGUGACAAUUCCUGUACCGAAGGACACCCGAGAUUUUGCCCGUCAGGGCGCAGACGCAGGCAGCCUCGUUGGCCGGUGUGACGAUCCCACGCUGUCACACGGCCCUCACGGUCGAACACCAUACCGGACCGAGUGGCAACUCCCCCCCUAA